GUUUUUAUUGGAGAACAUUUUUGGUACUAAAUUAAACGCUGAAAGCAUUGCCUUUUUUUAUGCUAAAAAGUAAGGUUCUUUCCUGCCGGCCUAUCUCUCUGCAAUAAGAAGAACAAGAGAAAUUUGAAAACUGCAGGAAUCAUUCUCUGUUUUUCUAUUAUAAGAAUUUGGUAGCCGAUCGAUUUCUUUCGAUAUUAUCUCACUUCUGGGCCAGAAACCAAUUUUUCAAUUCAUGCGAUUCUUCCUCUCCUCUUUCUUGUGGUUUUCAGAUGGAACAUGAUGGAGUUCCUAUUCUGCAAUUACAGCACCGGAAGAAUAUUGAGAUGGCCAUAGCUAAUGAAGAAAAUGCUGUCCUUCCUGUCACAGCACAGUUGACUUGCAAUUCUAUUUGUGCCUUCUCCAAACAUGAAAAUGAUACUUUUGAAUUGGAAGAAAGAUCAAAGUCCACAAUGAAACUUUCUGGACUUAUAAUUUUCUAUUUAAUAGUCAUGGCAGUUGAGAUCAUUGGUGGCUUAAAAGCCAACAGCCUUGCAGUUAUUACAGAUGCAGCACAUUUGUUAACUGAUGUUGCUGGAUUCUGUAUCUCUCUUUUCACAGUCUGGGCUUCAGGUUGGAAGGCAACUUCGCAACAUUCUUUUGGAUUUAGUCGCCUUGAAGUUUUAGGUGCUCUUCUAUCUGUGCAGCUUAUAUGGGUGAUCUCAGGAAUCUUAGUUUACGAAGCAAUAGACAGAAUUCUUCACAAAAAUUCAGAGGUAAAUGGAGGACUCAUGUUUGCAAUUGCUGCCUUUGGAUUCAUUAUUAACUUGAUAAUGAUAAUAUGGCUAGGUCAUGACCACUCUCAUCAUGCUUUCCAUGAUCAUGACCACGACCACAAUCAUGAUCAUGACCACAACCACGAUGACCACGACCACAAUCAUGACCACAACCACGAUCAUGAUCACGACCACGAUCAUGACCACGAUCACGAUCACGACCAUGAUCACGACCACAUUCACAAUCAUGAGGUUGAUGAGUUAUGUGCAGUAAAUGAAGGGGAGGGGGCUAAGCUGGUACCAAAUUCUCCACCAAAAAGAAAAAUAUUGAACAUAAAUAUCCAAGGGGCUUACCUACACGUCAUGGCUGAUCUAAUUCAAUCUGUUGGAGUGAUGGUUGCCGGAGCAAUUAUAUGGGCAAAACCUGAUUGGUUGGUGGUUGAUCUGAUUAGCACUCUCGUGUUCUCUGCUUUUGUUCUGUUUUCAACCAUACCCAUGCUUAUGAACAUAUUUAGCAUCCUGAUGGAGAAGACUCCUCAUGACAUCAAUGUUGACAGGGUAGAGAGUGGUCUGAAGUGUGUACAAGGAGUACAAGAUAUUCAUGACCUGCAUGUAUGGGCCAUCACAUUAGGAAAGCUAGUAUUGUCUUGCCAUGUAGUAGCUGAGCCUGGAGCCAGCUCUACUGAAUUACUCAACAGGAUUAGGGAUUACUGUGAAAAGACAUAUAAGAUUCAUCAUGUAACCGUACAAAUCGAGUAGUAGCUUACAGAUCUUCAUUUUUCAAUUUCA